AUGGAGAAGUUCUAUCGAGGGCUGGAUCCAGUGUCGCAAUCAAUUGCAAAUAAUGCAGCUGAUGGUAGUUUUAUGAAUAAAUCUUACCGACGAGUGACCAACAUACUUGACAGGCUGACUACGCACAAUCAGGCUUGGCACUCAAACAAUGCUGAUGUGCAAACAUUGGAUGAGCUUGCAACGGAUAUUUCCUUACUAACCAAGAAGUUUGAUGAGACCCAGAUUAAGAAGGUAAAUGUUUGUGAGGAUGAGCCAGGUAUGCCGAAAGGGAUGUACCAGACCCAAGAGGGUCCAUUUCACGAGGGACCUCCUAUGCAGGUAGAAGAUGCUAACUAUGUGAAUAAUUCUCAAGGGGGUUAUCAAAGACAGAACUACCAAGGGAGCUACAACAAUAGCAACAAUUUUGGGAACAAGUGUUACAAUCCUUAUAUACCACCGAAAGGGCAAUCAACAGAGCAAGGCAGUUCGAGGGUUGAAGCAAUGCUUGAGAAGGUUCUAGCAAAUCAGUCAAAGUCUGAGAGGACUUUAUCUGGGCUAACAGAGACAGUGGGUUCCCAUACAGUAGCUAUUCAGAAGCUCGAGUCACAGAUGCGUGGUGCUGAAAAGAAGGUUUUCGAGCUCGAGCCGAUUGAUGAAGAUGAAGAGGUACAGUCUGGUACACCAAUUAUUGUUGAUGAGAAUCCUACGGAUAAGAAGGUUGCUGGUACUCCAGAGAUCUUGAAGGAGACUGAUGACAAGAGCAAGCAAACUAUGAAAAGGGCUCUCCAACCUUUGACUCAGCUUUUCAAAUCUAAACCUCCCUUUCCUCAGAGGUUGGUGAAGAAGAAGGAAGAUGCUAAGUUCGAAAUUUUUUAUGAUCAGCUAAAGCAACUGUCUCUGAAUUUUCCCUUCUUGGAAGCUAUCAAGGAGAUGCCCGAUUUUGCUAAAUAUUUGAAGGACCUGCUGACCAAGAAGAAAAUGGUGCAACAUGAAACUGUGAGUUUGACUCACACUGUGAGUUCCAUCAUUUCAACAACUACUGUUCAGAAGAAGGGCGAUCCUGGGGCAUUCCCCAUUCCUUGUUCUGCUAGGCACCAUGAUGUUGCUCGUACUUUGUGUGAUAAUGGGGCUAGUAUUAAUUUGAUGCCACUUGUUAUAUAUAAGCAAUCAGGUUUGGGGAUGCCAAGGCCGACUACUAUGAGGCUACAUAUGGCUGAAAGAUCUAUUCAGAGGCCUGUUGGCGUGGUUGAUGAUGUUCUUGUGCGGGUUGAUGAAGCGGUGGAGUUCAAGAUGGAAGAAGAAAGUUUGGGUGAAGCUCUAGCCGGUAUUCUUGUAAACUUUGAUGCUGAAGACAUGGAGGUUUAUGUGGAGACGGUUAAUUCGCUUGUUGGAUUGAGUUCAUAUUCUUACCACCCAAAGAAGCUGAAUCUUGAUCUGAAAAAUAGAACAACUCCUCCAGCAAAGCCUUCGAUCAUUGAACCACCGAAGUUGGAGCUUAAGCAGCUCCCAUCAUAUUUAAAGUACAAGUUCCUUGGUCCGAACAAUACAUUGCUGAAUUGUUUCAGCAUUACUGACUGA